AUGGAGACAUCAGGCAGUGGAAAGCCUCGGUGUGUGAAAUGCACGCUCCACAGCUGCAUCAAGAGUGCCCGUGCCCGAGGCCGUUUCCAUGCACCGGAUUCCCCAAGGAGAGAAGAACAGCUCGUCCGACAGUGCUGGUUAGCGAACCUACAGAGAGAGGACUUCGAUCCGGGCACAUCGUCGAGGGUAUGUUCUGUUCACUUUGUUGAUGGGCGCCCAACCGAAGACAAUCCUUACCCAACACUUCGUCUUGGAACACUGGAUGUCCCUUACAAGGGAAGAAGACGAGUCACGCAUACCGCCCCAUCUCAGCUGUGGCCUGGUGCUCCUUCAACUGGCAGCAGCCCACAGCACCACGUGGCUGACGAGCCAAAUGACGACUAUUCUGCGGCAUUUGCCGACGAUGACAUGAAUGACAGCCUUCCUGCCAAGAAUCAACUCGGACCUGGCAUUGUCACAUACGAGCGGGCCUUCAGGGCCAACAAAAAAACCCUGGUUCCAACAAAGUGCUUAUCCUGUGGCUGCAGUUGCAAAGGCACCAGGAAAAUGGAUAAGGGUGUUCAAGCUCCGCCAGAGGACCAGGACUACACGUGGUCACGAAGUUACUCGGACUCAUCCGAACUCGAGUCGGAUGAUGUUGUUUUCACUAGCGACGUCCCAGAGUGCAUCGUCCUCUGA